AUGCCAUCUGAAAAGCAGAAGAAGAAGAAUUUGGUAGGCAGCUAUACUAUACCCACGGCAUUGGCCGAUGUGAUUCGAGAGGAGCAUAAACAAGAGGAUGCUAUCUCUUCGCAAGAUUUGAAACAGAACCUUGGUAAAAAUGACUACCAACAAAGGAAGUUUAAUAGAAAUAUAGAUUUAAACCUUGAUAAUAUGAAAACGUAUAAACAAACAAUGGAGGAGCGUGAGUUUGAAAGAGAGGAGGCGAAUGUAAGAAACUUAAUCAAGAAAAAAGAAGAAGACAGGGGAACAGCUCAGAAUGAGAUAACCAACGAACCUAAAAGGAGACAGAGAAAAAGGAGGUGGGAUGUUGGGCCUGACGACAUAUUAGAGAAAAUUUCUAAAAAUGAGACUGAUCAGCAGGAAAUUGUACAAUCAGCGAAGAAAACGAAACCUCAUGAGGAUGAACAAUCAAAAACCUUGAUUAUUGAAGACAGAAAUAUACCCAUUAUUAACGGUAUUCCAUUAACAAAUGAAAUACUUGAUAAAAUAAUACCUUCUGGAUAUGUACUGGUUCCUCCACCUGAUGGGUUUGAACAAUUUGACCUCUCUAUAGCUCCUGACAUGACUGAAAAUUCUUCGAAUUAUUACGUUCCUCCAUCAGUUGACCAAGAUAGCAUUCAAACAAAAAAAUUGAUGGAGCAACAGUUGACUACAGAUAUUCCGGGUGUGACUGGUUUAAGUUUCAUUAAACAGGAAGAUAUGAAAUAUUUUGGCAAAUUGAUAACUACACACGAUGAAGAAGAUGCAUCUCUGGAACAAAAGAAAGAAAUUAAGCUUAUGAGGCUCUUGUUGAAGAUAAAGAAUGGUACUCCAAGUACUCGUAAGAAAUCUUUACGUCAAUUGACUGAUAAUGCACGCACAUUUGGUCCAAAAGUUUUGUUCAAUCAAAUUUUGCCACUUCUACUAGAACCCAAUUUGGAUGAUCAUGAAAGACAUGUGUUGGUUAAAUUGGUUGGAAGGAUAUUAUUCUACUUGGAUGAUUUGGUCAGACCUUAUACACAUAAGAUUUUGAUGGUUGUUUCUCCAUUGUUAAUAGAUGAAGAUUUUACGAUAAGAUUAGAGGCAAGGGACAUAAUUUCUAGUUUGACUAAAGCCGCUGGAUUGGCUAAUAUGAUUGCAAACUUGAGACCUGAUUUAGAUCAUGUCGAUGAAUAUGUUAGGAAUGUGACUUCCCGUGUGUUUGCUAUUGUCGCAAAUACUUUAGGUUUGGUAAAUUUCAUUCCAUUUUUGAAGGCGGUGAUAAAAUCCAAGAAGAAUUGGAUGGUAAGACAUACUGGGAUUAAAAUUGUUCAACAGUUAUGUAUAAUAUUAGGGGGUGGAAAUGGUAAUUCCAUCUUGCCAUAUUUAUCCCAGUUAAUGACCGUUUUAAAACCUGGUUUAACAGAUGAAAUAUUACAAGUUCGUACGAUGACAGCAUUAACUCUAUCUCAGCUAGCAGAAAAUGUAAAGCCAUACGGAAUUGGAUCGUUCGAAGAGGUUUUGGAGCCUGCUUGGUUGGGAUUGCGAAGUCAUAGAGGCAAAGGCUUGGCUAGCUUUUUGAAGUGCAUUGGCUCAAUAAUUCCUUUGAUGUGUCAUGAUCCGAAUUAUGAAGAAUAUGCUAAUUAUUAUACAAAAGAAUUAAUGACGGUUAUUACGAGAGAAUUCAACUCUCCGGACAAUGAUAUGAAAGUUACAAUUUUGAAGAUCAUGAUCAACUUACCAUUAUCCAGACAUUUAAUCAAGAAUUAUAAUAAAGAAAUAAUAAAGCCAUUUUUAAAAUUUUUUUGGAAUAGGAGAACAGCCUCAGAUUCACAGCAAUUGAGCAAACUAGUUGUUGAUACUACUUCACAGCUUGCGAUCAAAUUUGAUUUCUUAGAAGUUCUAGAAUGCAUUGUAAUUUAUACCAAAGAUGAAAAUGAAUCUUUAAGGAGGAUGUGUGUUGAGACUAUAAACAAGAUGGUUUCUUCAAAUGCUGACUAUCUUAUAGGACUCGAUUCUCAGCUUGAAAUCAAACUAGUAGAUGGUAUAUUAUUUGCGUUUCAAGAGCAAUCAGUUUAUCAUAGGGUAUAUUUGACGGUAUUUGAUUCUGUAUCGAAAGCUCUUAAUGUGAGGCUUAAGCCACAUAUGAAUUCAAUAAUUAGUACUAUUUUAUACCGUUUGAAGAACAAAACCCCAGAAAUAAGACAACAAGCUUCUGACUUAAUAACAAUAAUAGCGCCUAUCAUAAAAAAAUGUUCGGAGGGUGAUGAUGAAGUAAUAAUGAAAUUAAUUUUAAUUUUAUACGAAUCGCUAGGAGAAAUUUAUCCAGAUGUUUUAGGAUCGAUCUUGAGUGCAUUGUACUCUUGUAUCGAUAGUGUUGAUAAAAACUCCUUAUAUGCAAUGUCUAACCCCUCAAUCAAUCAGAUAUUACCUACUUUGACACCUAUAUUGAAGAAUAGACAGGAUAAGGUUCAAGAGUCUUGUAUAAAACUAGUGGGACUAAUUGCAAGAAAAAAUUCUGAGACCAUUAAUGCAAAGGAAUGGAUGCGUAUUUGUUUUGAGCUAUUGGAUAUGUUGAAGAGCCCUAAGAAACGUAUAAGGAUAGCUGCAAAUGAUACAUUUGGUUAUAUAGCACGUACUAUAGGCCCUCAGGAUGUUCUUGCAAUGUUACUAAAUAAUUUAAGGGUCCAGGAACGUCAACUAAGGGUGUGUACGGCUGUAGCUAUAGGUAUCGUGGCUGAAAUAUGUGCUCCAUUUACUGUUCUCCCGGCGCUCAUGAAUGAGUAUAGAAUACCUGAAAAUAAUGUGCAAAAUGGUGUUUUGAAGGCACUCAGCUUUUUGUUUGAGUACAUUGAUGGCAAUAUGACCAAGGAUUACUUAUUUGCGAUAACCCCUUUGCUUGAGGAUGCAUUGACGGAUCGAGACCAAGUCCACCGCCAAACUGCGGCUACCGUGAUCAGGCAUAUGGCACUAAAUUGUAUCGGCUUAACUAAUGAUGAUUAUUAUGAUGUUUUUAUCCAUUACUUGAAUUUGCUCCUACCUAACGUGUAUGAGACUUCACCUCACGUUAUUAAUCGUAUUUUAGAAAGUAUUGAAGCAAUAAGAGCAGUGAUUGGGAUGGGUAGCUUUUCGAAUUAUAUUUGGGCAGGAUUAUUUCAUCCAGCAAGGAAAGUCAGAAAUCCAUACUGGAAAUUAUAUAAUAGCGCUUAUGUUCAACACAGCGACGCUCUUGUUCCUUAUUAUCCGCAACUUGAAAAAAUUCAAGAUGAUGAUACUACAAAUUAUGAAGUCGAAGAAUUGGAAUUAUUUAUUUAG